AUGAUGGAUAGUUCAGCUUUGGACGCUAUCAAGCAGAAGAUUGUUCGCAACGUCGUGAUACCGGAUUUCGACUUUUCAAAACAGGAAUUCCAGAUUCUAGCAACGAUACGGUACGACCCUAAUUUCACGCAUGUGUUUGCGAGCCAGGAGCUUGUGGAAACAGACGACGAUUUCUCGUCACAGCUGGACCCGCAAUUGACGAGUUUGAUGGACAGUUCGAGUUUUUUGCAGCAGAGCGAUGAUAGUGUUGGCAAGGACGAUUUUCUUGAGUAUUUGGAUUAUAAUGAUACUAGCAAUUCGAGUGUGCUUUCGAGUCCGAUAUCUGGGAUAUUCGACAUGAGUUCAUCAGGAGUGUUUCAUAGGGAUCCUGUACUGCAGGGGCUGUAUGAGACGGCGAAUUACAGCGUCAAAGCGGGGGCUAGCCAGGGGCAAAGCCAGAGUCCAGGCGAAGAUGAAAGUACAGAUGCCAGUUUAUGGUCGAUAUACUAUAAUCGGUUUUUCCUGCUGGGAGAGCAUUACAAGAGGUUGAAAUUGGCGCUUGAUUUUUUCCAGUGGCCGCUGGCGUUGACUCCCAAGGUGUUCUUGACGCAAUUGGUGCAUUCGUUGCCCGUGCAAGGGUCGAUGUCCAUCGAGGAUAAGAUGAGAGCGCUUUUGAACGUCAAUGUGUCAUACAAGAUGCGAGUUCUUGUUAGCAAGGACGGGAAUAUGAAAAUCGAGGCCCACGAGUUGCCCAGGUUUCCAGGGUAUUUCCCCGAUACGCACGAGUACAUUGUGAGGAACUUACUUUCUGGGUUCCUCGAUGGAGAGCCGACGUGGGACGUUUACAUCAAUACAGAGCCAAUUAAUGUGUCGCCUUUCACUACGUUCAAGACCACGAAAAGAGAACAUUACAACAAGGCCAGAGAAAAUAUGGAGCAAUUGAAGCGGGAUAUUCCAGACCAGAGACCCAAAUCUGAGAUCUUGGUAUAUAACAACCUUUACCAGCUGAUGGAGGGAUCCAUAACCAAUGUGGCUGUCAAGUCGCAAGUAGGGACCGAUUCAGAUGCCGUCAGAUACACAACGCCAUACCUCGCUUCGGGAUGUUUAUGCGGGGUAACGCGAUACUUCUUGCUGAGGAAAGGUCUGCUCCAAGAAGAUGCCAUUGACAUAAGAGACCUGCAUCUAGGCGAUGAGAUAAUACUCUUCAACGGUAUUAUGGGCUGCGUGAAAGGCGUCAUCAGAAACUCUGUAGACUUUUCAGGUGUAUAA